GCUCAAGGCGGCGGAAGUGGUGGUGCUAGGCUGAUCAUCCACUUGCGCACUCGUCGUCGCAUCUUGACUUGGGCAGACGGGCAGACAGUCAGGCAGCACACGAGGACAGCAGGCAGCCUGGACACGAAAAGCGUGCUUGGAACAGUGGGGAUGCAGCAGCAGCAGCAGCAAGAAGAGCAUCGGCCGAAGUAGCAGCAAAGAGACAGAGACUGAAUAAAGACGAGGGAACAGGCCAUGGCGACGGCGCCAUCGCCGUCGGCACCCAUCGAGGCUGCCACGCAGGACAGCAUGCAUGGCGCGGUCUCGUCGUCGUCGUCGUCGUCGUCGUCGCUCUUCAAUGCCGACGAGGCGCGCUUCAUGCACGACUCGCUCAGCAGCGCCGACAGCUUCGAUCCUUUUACCAUUGGCGCGCCCGGCUUCAAGGUGCCCAACGUCCUGCCUGCCAAUCUCGGCGGCAUCGGCGCGGCACCCACCUCGUCGUCGUCGCCGUCCUCUUCCUCGUCGCCAUCCACGUCGUCGGCCGCGACGAGGCGGCCAAAUAGCGGCAGUGGGCCACUGCAGCGGCUCAACCCGCAGCAGCAGCAACAGCAGCCAUCCUCCUCGUCCAUGUCCAUGAACAGCAUGCCUGCGGCAACAAAGGGCGCCUAUGGCCGCGACCGGUCCUGGCAGCUGCAGCAGCUCGAGGCGCUCCAGGCCGAGCGGGAGCGCUACCUGCAGCACCAGCAGUCUCAGGGCUACUCUGGCGGUGGCGACGGCGGAGGUGGCGGUGGCAACAGUGGCGACAGCAACGACCACCUCUUUGCUGGUCCCACGGGUGCAUCCCUGCUCCAGCUCGGCUACGAUCCAAACUCGUCGGGUGCACCCUCCUCGAUGGGCCAUGCCAUGGAUGGCCACUGGUCACAACAGCAGCAACAGCAGCAGCAUCAACAUCAACAUCAACAACAUCACCACCAUCCGCAUCAGCAGCACCAUCAUCCCCACCACCAGCAGUCCAUGUCAUCGUCGUCCUCUUCGGGCGACAUGUACCAGCACUACCCGCAGCAGUCCAACUCGGCGCCGAACCUGGCUCUGCUCGCCACCCACUUUCCCAGCAGCCACCACUUUCCGGCGGCAGCAGCAGCAGCCUCGCCCCCCGGCAGCGGCGGCGGCGGCUACUUGGGGCCGUCUUCUUCCUCGUUGCACAGGCCGAGCGCGGGCAUGGAUGUGGAUGGCGAGGAGGGACAGGCGCACGCGCAGGAGCAGGAGCAGGCCGACGGUAGGCAGAAGCGCGCAAAGAGCCCGCGCCGCAAGGCACGAGGCCAGCCAGGUGACGGCAGUGGCGGCCCGUUGAACGGCCAGGCGUCGCCCUCGACUGCGGCCGCUGGGAAUGGCGCAGGCAGCAGCAACACAAAAAAGACGAGGACAGCAGGCGCAGCAGAGGCAGCCUUUGACUCGGACGCACCGUAUACCUUUGAGCCUGCGCCGAGGCCCCCGCCGCGCACCAUCGACGUCGAGCUCGCUCGCGGACGGCUCGCGCUUUCCCCGCCCCUCGACGACGCCUUCUUCUCCGACGGCUUUGCGCGCGUGCAACCCCACCUCGCCGUCCUGCGCCAGGAGCAGCUGCGGCGCAAGGAGCGCGGUCUCAGUGCCAAUAUCCGCCGCGGUGAGCGCAAGGCCAAGAGCGGCAGCAGCAGCGCCGCCGACCGGCAAAAGGACGAGGGCACCCCCGAAGAUGGUGCCGACGACAAGGACAAGAAGCCGCGGCCGGCGCAUGUACUGCUGACCGAUGCAGAAAAGAAGGCAAACCACAUUGCGUCGGAGCAGAAGCGCCGCGCCAACAUCCGCAAGGGCUACGAGAUGCUGUGCGACCUCGUGCCGAGCCUCAAGGAGGGCGCGCGCGACGAUGACGAUGACGACGAUGGCAAUGGCAAUGGUGAUGGCGAUGGUGAUGGUGAUGGCGACGGUGACAUUGGCAUGGGCGAUGACGGCGAUGAUGACGACGACGACGGCGGCCAGGGCGGCAAGAAGCGGAAACGCGCAGACGAGAGCGCGGCGACAAAGGUCGAUGGCCGCGCAGGCCCACGCAGCGAGGCCGUCGUCCUCAUGAAGUCCGUCGACCACAUCCGCGCCCAGCUCGAGGAGCACAAGGAGCUCGUCGAGCGCAAGCUGGCGGCCCAGCGCGCCCUUGCCGGCCUCCAUGGUGUCGACAUCACCGCGGCACCCUCUGCCCCGGCCGCGUCUUCUUCUUCGGGCCGUGGGAAGCGAUGAUAACCCUUUACUACUACCACCACCACUACUGUAUCAGCUGAAGGAUAAUCUCCCUGCUCUUGCAAUCUGCAAUUGUCGAU